GUUUUUCUCAACAUCCUAAUCUCUCACCAUGUCUGACCCCAUCACUCUGAACGUUGGAGGAAAGCUCUAUACUACCUCCCUGUCAACUCUGACCAGUUUUCCCAACUCCAUGCUGGGAGCCAUGUUCAGUGGGAAGAUGCCCACCAAGAAAGACAGCCAAGGCAACUGCUUCAUCGACCGUGACGGCAAGGUCUUCCGCUACAUCCUGAACUUCUUGAGGACUUCCCACCUGGACCUCCCUGAGGAUUUCCAAGAGAUGGGGCUACUCCGAAGAGAAGCAGACUUCUAUCAAGUGCAACCUUUGAUUGAAGCCCUUCAGGAAAAGGAGGUGGAGAUGUCCAAGGCAGAGAAGAAUGCCAUGCUUAAUAUCACCCUGAACAAACACGUGCAGAACAUCCACUUCACCGUCCGGGAAGCCCCGCAGAUCUACAGCUUGUCCUCUUCCGACAUGGAGGUCUUCAAUGCCAACAUAUUCAGCACGUCGAGCCUUUUCCUAAAGCUCUUGGGCUCCAAACUCUUCUACUGCUUCAACGGCAACCUGUCUUCCAUCUCCAGCUACUUGCAAGACCCAAACCACCUCACUUUGGAUUGGGUGGCCAGCGUGGAUGGCUUACCCGAGGAAGAAUACACCAAGCAGAAUUUGAAGAGACUGUGGGUGGUGCCGGCCAACAAGCAGAUUAAUAGCUUCCAAGUGUUUGUGGAGGAGGUAUUGAAAAUUGCACUCAGCGAUGGCUUCUGUGUGGAUUCUUCCCACCCGCACCUCUCUGAUUUUAUGAAUAAUAAGAUUAUCCGAUUGAUACGAUACAGGUAGAAAGGCCCAGCUUCCAGCACAUACGCAGUCUACAAGAUAACACGAGAAUGUCCUUAAUCAAGCAGAAGUUGGAACAAGGAGUGGACGUCACAGGGGAUGGGGUAGAAAUUUCAGUCUGGGAUGAGGAAGACCUUCUUAACAAUUGGAGCUUUGUGAAAAUGAAUGUGUUGUCUUAGUAUGAAGGGAAUUCUCUGCUAUUGGAAAUGAUGACAGAGUUCCUAGAAACACAGAAUCUCAAAGUCGUCAAGGACAUCAGAAACCAUCUAGCCCAAAUCACAUUCGGAUAAGAACCUCCACUACCCCAUGCCCAAAGAGUGGUCAUCCAGCCUUUGCGUAAAGAUCUCCAGUGAUGGGCAAAUCACUGUAUUCCAAGGGAGCCCAUUCCAAUUCAGUCCAACUCUAAUGCUUCGGAAAUGUUUUCUUCACACUGAGCCUGAAUUAGUUCCAUUUUAAUUUGCACACAUUGGCCCUAAUUCUGGGACCAAGCAGCAGAACAAAUCUACUCCUUCUUUCAUAUGAUGACCCAUAAAGAUGGCUAACAUACCCCCCUGAGUCUUCUCUAGAGUAAAUGUCCCCGGCCCCUCUAACCAGUGCUUCUGUGGCAUGAUCUCCACUGAUCUCCUCUUUGCUAUCCUUGGAUGUGUUCUAGUUGCCACUGCUCCCCCUAAAAACGGCACUGAACAAAACACUCCAUUUGGGGUCUGACAUGCCACAGGACUAUCAUUUCCCUCCCUGGACAUUCCAUUUCUUUGUGCUAAUAGGGCCCUGGACGUAGGGCCAUGUUCCCUCUCUCUCUUAUCUCACCAAUGCUAGCUGGCAGAACUGGUGAUCCAUAUCGGGUUGUCAAUGUCCUUCCUCAAACGUGGUACCCACAACUAAACAGAAUGCUCUGGAAGAUGCCUGACCAGGGCAGAAUACUGCGGGACUUACCACCUUUCUUCUUCUGGAAACUAUGCUUCUGUGAACACAACGUGAGAUCAUGUUCAUUGGUUACAUAUUGGAAAGUCAGUCCUGCUGUUUCAUAGUCACACCUGGGACACAUAUUGUUUGGGUCAAGUACAGGUCAAGAAAGCCAGGGGCGAGGGCACCCUCCUGGCUCUGUAGAAUCCAGCUGGUGGUGAGCGGUACAUGCCUUCAUGCUGCACCCCAUGAGAUGCCACUGGGCCAGCAGCCUUAGGACCCCCAAUGGUCCUCUUAUUUUUGUCAAGGCUCACUCAGCUGAGCUGCAGAAACUCAAACUUGGAUCAUUCCUCUCCAUGACAACAAAGCACGGGAAUCCGAGAUGCUUAAUUUGCUACUGGCUAGUGCUGAGCAAGCUAAUAGCUCCAUGGGUCCCAGGAGAAACCUAUAUAGCUACAUUCUCUGUGGGGCACUGGGCAAGUAUAGCUUUCUUUAUGAAAUAAAUUGUAUGGCUUUCAUGCAGCAUAA